CAGAUCAGUGCUGACCCAAUUGGGAGAGAACCGGUCGUUUGCAACCUCAUCCAUCCCAAAGAUGAAGCCAGCAACUGUACCUAUUUCUGCUCUAUCAGCUAAACAAGAAAAAGUACUUGACAAAGUGGAAAAAAGGGCUGCCUAUUGGAACGCCGACCAUGUACCCAUUUACGCUGUGGGGGCAUUUGUGGCGCUUGUGGUGGGAUUUGCAAUUCACAGUGCAAAACAACAACUGGUGCAUGCCCCCGCGGUGAGCUUACGCAAGAGUAAGAGGGAAUCGCUACCGGAGGUGGACGAUCCCGAUGCCGUCAUCGGCUCUGCUGAUAAGUUCAUCAAUAAGUCUUUCUUCAGGAAAGUCGCUCAUGUGCAGGACGACAGAAACGCCGUCCACGACCCUUCCCGCCCUAACCCUUUUACUGCGCCACGCAAGGCGGAGACGCUCAAGUCCGUUGGGGUGGAGCCAAGCCGUCACUAGUCAUUCGUCCGUCCAUAUGUCUGAACGAUCUGCUUAUACGUCUUCGUUUCUCGAAUCUCGGAG